GAAAUUUAAUUCGCAACUAAAUUUAAAUCUAAAUUAGUAAUCAUGAAGCAGUUCGCUGCUAUCGAGGUUUUCCAUUUCCGCAAUUAUAAUGACAUUUUUGUUGUAUGUAUUGUGGUUGCAAGCAUAUAUAACUGACAUAACCGUUGAUCACUACCCUUCAAAUUCUUCACCCCAUCUUCAAAUUUGACUUCCUUUUCACACACACUACACACACAUGUCUAUAUAUAUCUGUGUAUAGAAAUAGCCAUUGUUUGCUCUUUGUAACCCCCUCUUCCAAACUAACUUUUUUGGGAUAUUUCUGGUUCAAGAGAAUGUUCUGCAGAAAUUUAUAGCUCUUAAAAGAAGUUGCAUUCUCAACCUAUUUUUGAUAAUGAAUAGUUAGUUGGAUUUGAAAUUAGAGAGAAUUUCGUUUGACUCCCAAAGAAGGGAGCUUUAUUGCUUUCAAGAAAAGUCUCGGCAUAUUCUCUUUCCCUCUCAUCUUUUCUCUAUGCUUUUCUUUAUUUUCAUUUGGGUUUAGUUUAGUACUUUUGAAGGGGAAAAAUGGCCCUGCAAUUUGGGAAAAUGGUGGUUGCGGUUUUCAUUCUUCUUUUCUUGAGUUUAAUUCAAAUUCAUUGUGAAAUUCCCACAACCCUUGAUGGGCCGUUUGAUCCUGUCACUGUUUCAUUGGAUGAGAAUUUCCGCGGAAAUGCUAUUGAUUUGCCCGAUUCUGAUCCCAGAGUGCAAAGGGAUGUUACAGGUUUUGAACCUGAACAAAUUUCAGUUUCCCUCUCUUCCACUCACGAUUCUGUCUGGAUUUCUUGGAUUACAGGGGAAUUUCAGAUUGGUGACAACAUAAAACCAUUGAACCCGAAAAGUGUUGCUAGUGUGGUUUACUAUGGAAAGCUGAGAUUUCCUAUGCGUCACAUAGCUACAGGAGAAUCUCUCGUCUAUGAUCAGCUUUAUCCUUUCAAAGGACUCAAGAACUACACUUCUGGAAUCAUUCAUCAUGUCCGUCUCACAGGCUUGGAUCCUUAUUCUCAAUACUACUAUAAAUGUGGUGAUCCUUCAAUACCGGCAAUGAGUCAUAUCCAUCAUUUUAGGACAAUGCCAGUAUCUAGUCCACAAAGCUAUCCUGGUAGAAUAGCUGUUGUUGGAGACCUCGGUCUCACAUACAACUCCACUUCGACAAUCGAACAUGUAACGAGCAACAAGCCUGAUCUGAUCCUGAUGGUUGGAGAUUUGUGCUAUGCUAACUUGUAUCUCACCAAUGGGACUGGUGCCGAUUGUUAUUCGUGCUCGUUUCCUAACACUCCUAUACAUGAGACGUAUCAGCCUCGCUGGGAUUAUUGGGGAAGAUUUAUGCAGCCACUGAUAUCGAAAAUUCCAAUAAUGAUGGUGCAAGGGAACCAUGAAAUAGAAGAACAAGUUCACAACCAGACUUUUACUUCCUUCACUUCUCGAUUUGCAUUCCCACAUAAAGAAAGUGGUUCUUCUUCCCCAUUCUAUUAUUCGUUCAAUGCAGGAGGCAUACAUUUUGUCAUCCUAGGUGGAUAUGCCGCCUACGGUAGGUCAGAUGAUCAAUACAAAUGGUUGCAAAAGGAUCUAGCUAAUGUCAAGCGAGAUGUUACACCGUGGUUAGUCGCUACGUGGCAUCCUCCCUGGUACACCACUUACACGGCACACUACAGAGAAGUUGAGUGCAUGAGGGUGGCCAUGGAAGAUUUACUGUAUCAGUAUGGUGUCGACAUAGUCUUCAACGGGCAUGUACAUGCGUAUGAGAGGUCAAACAGAGUGUAUAACUACACCCUUGAUCCCUGUGGUCCCAUCCACCUCUCAGUAGGUGACGGGGGAAAUAGAGAGAAGAUGGCAACGACACAUGCUGACGAGCAUGGCAACUGCCCGGAGCCCUCCACCACGCCCGAUGAUUUCAUGGGGGGAUUCUGUGCGCACAAUUUUACAUCUGGACCAGCUGCUGGUAAGUUCUGUUGGGACCGACAACCUGAGUAUAGCGCAUACAGGGAAGCCAGCUUUGGCCAUGGAAUUCUCGAGGUGAAGAACGAGACGCACGCUCUGUGGUCGUGGCAUCGCAAUCAAGACAUGUACAACGAAGCUGGUGAUCAGAUUUACAUUGUAAGGCAACCUGAGAAAUGUCUGCCUCAACCCAAGAUGCAAAAGUAUGAAGACUGCAGAAACCCCUCCCAAAAAAGGGUGCUAAAUGAAGAAUGCAGAUGAGAGAGAGAGAGAGCAAAGAUAGGAACUUGGAUCAGUUCUGGCGAUGGUGGAAGUGGCAGCAAAAGAGCAAGAAUCAGGAGCAUUGUUCUUGCGCUGGAAAUAGCUGUUGAAUGCGUAUGAGGCAUGAGCCUGCAGCGUGUUUGGCAGAAAGCAAAGCCCAUUUGGCUGAAUGGCCGUACAGUCAGCGCCAGCGCCGCAUGCAUAGUCCAAAGCUGUUUGCAGCGCCUGCUCACUGGCGUCGCUCCUCGCCACGCACCAGUUGCCCGCUGCCACCGCCGCCGCGAACAGGGCGGUGCCGCUGCACAGCAGGAACACCAGCCCCACCACUUUGAACACCGCUUCUGCUGCCAUGGCUGCCGCCUUUUGAGCUGCUAAAGCUAGAGGGAGUAAGAGAGAGUGGGGAGUCAAGAAUGGAGUUAUUCCCUUUGUUUUUCUGAUUUUCUUUUUGGCUCUUUAUUAUUGGGGUUGAUGUACUUUCUUUUUCUUUGGGUUUUCCUCCAUCCUCUUUUUUUUUCCCCUUCCUAUUUAGAGUUUAUAUUUUGCUUUUGUGUGUGUGGUGAAGUUAAUGUCGGAAUUAAUGUUUUCUGGCACUCUUUUGUCUGAAGCUAGUGGUCGCGCGAGCAUCGAGGAUUCCGGUCAAGUUCAUGAUGUAAUUGUACACUAUUUCAAAUUUGAAAUUCUAGUAUUUCAUUUCAGUCCUUCAA